AUGAAAAUUCUGCUUCUCCUAACUUUCCUGCUUUUGCUAAAUUUAAGCCGAAGUAUUGUUAUUACAGGGGCUUGUGAUCGGGAUGUACAGUGUGGCCCGGGCUCCUGUUGUGCCGUCAGUCUAUGGCUCCGUGGACUGCGAAUGUGCACUCCGCAGGGACAGGAAGGAGAUAAGUGUCAUCCCUUCAGUCACAAGGUUCCAUUCUCCGGGAAGAGGCAACACCACACCUGCCCGUGUCUGCCGUAUCUGUUCUGCUCCAGGUCUCCGGACGCCAGAUUUCGUUGCACCUCCCAGUUUAAACACAUAAAGUUCCAGUGAGAAGGUCCAGAACAGCCACAGAAGCAGGGGGGCUGCUAUCAGUGACAGGCGCAGUCCCGUUCUGAUAUGCAAACGUCAGUGAUCCCAUCAUCUUCGAAGCUCCCUUCUGGUAACU